UUUUUUUUUGUCUGUUUGUCCUUGACUUUAUUGCCCUCAGGGGCAGGAGUUUGAAGAGGUGGUGGCCGGGGUGUGAGGUGUCCUUGAUGAUACUGUGGGCUCUCCGGAGGCAGUGGGUCUUGUAGAUCUCCUCCAGAGAUGAAGAAGGCAGCUAUUUAACCUCCGGGUGGUGUUUGUAACUCUUUGGAGUUGCUUUCUCUCUGCCGCAAUGGAGCUGGAGAACCACAGCGGGAUGUUGUUCUCAUCCCACUGUGGUUCUCCACAGACCAGUGAUAGAAGGACACCAAGAACUCAGUUCUCAGCUUGUUCUUCCUGUGAGUCCUCAGGAAGUACAGUCUCUGUUGUCCCUUCUUCAGGACUGAAGUGGAGUUAGAAUUCCAGGUCAGGUCUUCACUGAUGUUGGUGCCCAGGAACUUGAAAUUUGACACCCUAUCCCCACUGUCCCCAUGUAUGAUGAUGGGUUGAAUGUCUGGUUUACACCUCCUGGCGUUGACAAUCAGUUUGUGGAGGUGGAGGUGUUCAGACGGAGGUUGUUGGUGGUGAACCAGACAGUCAUUCCACCUCCAUUCCACCGUGGCAUCAUCAGCAAACUUUAUAAUUUUGUUUGGGUGGGUGAGGCUAAAGUCAUGGGUGUAGAGUACGGGGCUUCACACACAGCCUUGUGGAAAGCCAGAGCUGGUGCUCACUGCUGAGGACAGGUGGGAUCCUACUCAUCCUCUGGGAGUGGAUCCAUAAUCCAGAAGCACAUGUUGCGGGGGAGACCCAGGUCCCCCAGUUUCCUCACCAGUCUGCUUGGAAUGAUGGUGUUAAAAGCUGAGCUGAAGUCCAGGUAGAGCAGCCUCGCGUAACUCAUAUGAUGUUACAUGUGUGCCAAUGUGGUGCGCAUAGUGGCAGCGAUAGCAUCCUCUGUAGACCAGUUGGCUCUGUAUGCAAACUGGUGAGGGUACAAUUUAGGUGGCAGAUGAGAAGUAGUGUGACUGAACCAGUUUUUCAAAGCACUUCAUGUUGAUAGUGCCACUGGCUGGUAGUCAUUGAGACUGCAAAUGUUCUUUUUUGGCAGAGGGCUGAUGGUGGAGGACUUUAAGCAUGGUGGGACGGAGCACCGGAUGAGGGACUGAUUGAAGAUGCUGGUAAAACCCCAACUUGCUGGUCUGCACAGUCUCUUACACCAUCAGAUCUAGCAGCUUUCCGGGAGUUCACUGCCCUCAAGAGUGGAAUGAAGACACUCCUGCUAAACGAAGGCCGAGCUUCCAGAAACCGUUGCCUCAUGAAGCGCAGCUUCAUCCUCCUCUUCGUGGUUUCAUCUGGGGUGUUGUUCGUGCUGUACUACAUGGACUUCAGCGAUCAGAGCCGCUGUAGAUCCGGUGGGAAACUCUGCAUUUUCAGAAAGAUAACUUACGUAACACCUACCAAACUGGCGCCGGAACCCAACACCAUCAGUCCGUUGCGUCCCACUGAGCCAGCCAGCACCUGCUCCUUCCACUCUGCGUCUCCUGAAAACGCUGCAGAGGUCAACUUGUUGAAGGAGUCCAUCGCCUGGCCUGAAACGCCGUCUGUACCACCUGACUUUUCCCUGAAUGACACCAGUGAUCCGGCUCACAGCACCUUCACCAUUCUCCCACGGAGAGGAGGGGGAAGUUGGCACGUCGGGGAUCAGCUGGAGGUUCUGAUCAAAAUCUCUGACUUCCACGGUCGCCCCAGGAAGACUGGGGGAGACUUGUUUUACGCUCGGCUGCAGAACCGUGCCGUCUUUGCAGGCGCGGCGGGGAAAGUGUUGGAUCACCGCAACGGCUCCUACACCGCUGUGUUCUCUUUGCUCUGGGAUGGAAACGCAGAAGUUGAGGUGUCCUUGGUUCACCCCAGUGAGGCAAUCACAGUCUUGGCAAAAGUGACCCAAGAGUAUCCAGACAGAGCAUAUUUUCUUAGCGUCUUUCGCUCAGGCUCCAUCACAGAGACGGUUAGAUGCAAUGUAUGCCUCAAGGGUCCCAAAGAGAAGCUAUGCAACUACACUGACCUCCACACGGGUGAGCCCUGGUUCUGCUACAAGCCAAAGAAACUGACCUGCGACAACAGGAUCACCCACUCCAAAGGAGGAUUCAGUUUCAAACCAGAAUCCAAGGAGAAUCAGCUCUUUCAGCGUGGUGUCAACAUGAAAGUCUCCAUUCCGUCAUUUGGACCUUCCAGCAUCAAGAUUUUACCCAAACUUAAAGAUGGGACCAAUGAAAUUGUGAAGACUAAUCCUGCUGGUUAUUACUACCAGGGAGCGUGGCAAGCGCUAGACGGCACCACAGUCCGUCAGUUUAACAACGCCUCGGCGAGAACCCAGUGUCUGAAAGGGAAAGUGGUCCACCUCUAUGGAGACUCCACUGUCAGACAAUUUUUUGAAUUUUUAAUUGAAAACACCCCAGAUCUCAAGAUAUUUGACCUGAAAAGUCCUGGGAAGGCAGGACCUUACAUGGCCUUGGAUCACAAGAACAACAUCUUACUGACGUACCGAUGCCAUGGCACCCCCAUCCUUUACACUCCCAUGCUGGCCAUUGAGACACGUCACAUUGCCACCGAGUUGAGAACCGUGGCCGGAGGCCCGGACACCGUCAUAGUGAUUAGCGUCUGGGCACACUUCACCUCUUUCCCUAUUGAGGUCUACAUCCGACGUCUGCUAAACAUAAAGAGGGCGGUGGUGGAGCUGCUGACCAGAGCUCCAGGCACACUGGUCAUCAUCAGGACUUCUAAUCCCAAAGAGUCCGUUCUCAGGGAGAUAUGGACUAGCAGUGACUGGUAUGCCCUGCAGUGUUAUAAGGUCCUAAGGGAAAUAUUCAAAGGGGUGAACGUCCAGCUGCUGGACGCCUGGGAGAUGUGCUUGGCCCACCAGCUGCCCCACAGCCUCCACCCACAGACUCCCAUAGUAAAGAAUAUGAUCGAUGUUGUUUUGUCCCACACCUGUCCCCUUGGUGGAAAGUCUAAAGGUGCAACAAAGCAGUAAGAAAAACAACGAAGUGACAAAUGGGACUGAAAUAAAAAGGAGGCUACUCUACUCACACCUUGAGGUCUCGUACAAAAGACGUGAACAUUUCUGUACUUGCUUACAUUUCUAAGGAUAAAUAUUAAUUUGCACUUAUCAUUUGUUGGCUUACACUGGUGACGUUUGCUGUUGCUUGCGUAUGUACGCCCCCUCCAUGUCAGCUAUAUGCUACGGGGUAGCCGUUGUCUACACGUCCCUGUUCUCGUUUAGAACAGAACACUUAGUCGCUGUUAACCACAGCUGUGUUUGCUUGGGUGUUUUGACCGCACUUGCUUUCGGCCUCCUUUUGUAGAAAUUUCAGAUCCGUUUCGCUUAAAUGGAUCCUGAGCUCACGACGUAGCAGAAAGAAGUGCAUGUUGUACGCUCCUAAACAUCAGAGGAAAUAAAUCUGAAAAGUCCUGUGGGAAAUCUUCCACCUGCAACCUCAGCGUAGGAGUGUUGCGAGAUGUUUUGCCUACCUGGUUUGGACGCACACACACUAGUUUAGCAUUUGACGACAAGUGGUCAGUGGAGCGUAACAAAACAAAGACCAUCCAGGCGAUUGCAAUCAGGUAUGAGGUCGGACCUGUGUUUAUGUAAAUCACAAGGAUGACCUUAUCUUUAAACAUGCAGUUGCCAUCGAUGAUCUUUUAGCAUUUUUUUUUUUUUCUUGUUCGAAGCUACUUCAGUAAGAUCAGUUCUUAAGUGUUCAUCGGCGCCACUGAUUUUCUCUUCUUGGGAGAAAAGGUUUUGAACCCACAGCAUCUGAUUGGAGACAGCUGAAGACAGAAAAUGUUUCCUUAAAUGCUCAGAUAAUGGUACUGAUGGAAAACAGGAAGAGAGAUCAAGAUCACAUUAACGAACUCACUGAGCAAUUGUCUAAGGCCAGAAGAGAGGCCAUCAUUGAGAGGUUAGAACAAGAGGAUUUGAAGGAAUCCCAAAAUAACAAACAGGCAAAGGUAAAAGAUAACAUUGCUGUAGUGAGACCUAAUGUCGAAGCCAACACAAAUGCACUAACUAAAAAUAGAAAAAUAACUUAUCUACCAUCCCUUGAAUCAACCCUCCAGCCAGUCAAAUCGAAGGUAGAUUCUAAUCAAAGAACUUUGACUCAAAUUAGACAAAUGAGUAGAGAGGAGAGAGUCAAGUCAGCACCAGAUUUAAAAAACAACCAAACUACACAACUGAAGCCAAAACCCCCAAGCCAAAGGAACCCUGAAAGGUCUUCAUUUACACUGGAGAAUCUGAGGGGAGAAAAAAUAUAGCAGUCAACCCGGAGGGACAUGAGAACACUCAAGUUCCCUCAUUAGAGGUGAAAGGAAACAAUAUAUCAUGAGGUGAGUUUGUGAGCAUCACAUACAAGAGGCAUGUACACCUUGGGGCUUGGCUUUAACCCAUAAUUUAAUUAUGUUAAUUCAAAGACAUUUUUUUAAAGUUACAUUACAUUAAGUAUUUUAAGACAUGACUGGGUGAAAGGGUAAAAAGAAACCUCAACAAUUAGAAAAGGUACAACAGAACUGUAUUUUCAAAACCCAGCCACCUCACUAUAUUUUCAUGCUGUAGUUUUUACAGCCAUUUGUUACAGUGCAAUUCUUAAAUGCCAAUAGUGCCGACAGAUAUAUAACAGAUAUCUGUAGUUUAAUGUGUAACUAAAACUGCUUUGAAGUUUUCCCAGGCGCAAAACAGUGAUGUCACGUGAUCUUCCAAAAUCUCGCGUGAUCUCCUGAUCUCGCUAGACCCUCUUCAGACUGAGAUGAAUCUGACUAAAUUGAAUCACCUUGUCUCAACUUGAAUAACAUAUAUUCAAAAAAACGAUUGUCUCGCAUGAACUCGCGUGAUAUCCCGUGAUCUCACUGGUCGUCUUCAGUCUGACUAGAAUGAAUCAUGUUAUCUCAACAUGAUUAAAUUUCAUAAACGUGAAGUUGUUGAAUUUCUUGUUUAUCCAACAUGAUUGUAUCACGUUUUUGUUUGAAACACGAAAUUGUUUAGUUAAAAGUACAUGAUAUUCUUUUGAUAAUGUGAUAAACCCCUGAGUUCAUUUUCUUCAAUGUGGUUCAUUUUCAAGCAUUUCUUCCUUGUACAAAUUAAAAUCAAAAUGAAUUAAAAGCAUUAUUUUCUUGAG